GAGACUCGGGUGUUAUCACAGGGUGGCAGAGAGCCACUGGUGGGCACCAUGUCUCUGGCCUCUGCGUACCAGCACAAACUGGCAGAGAAACUGACCAUCCUGAAUGACCGGGGCAGGGGUGUCCUUAUCCGGAUAUACAACAUCAAAAAGACAUGCUCGGACCCCAAAGGGAAGCCGCCCUUCUUCCUGGAGAAAGCCAUGGAGUCGUCACUCAAAUACAUCAACAAGAAGUUCCCCAACAUCGAUGUCAGAGGCAGCACACAACACUUGGGCCCAGUGCACCGGGAGAAGGCUGAGAUCAUCAAAUACCUCACCAACUAUUACCAGUCAUUUGUGGACGUUAUGGAGUUCCGGGACCACGUGUAUGAGCUUCUCAACACCAUCGAUGCCUGCCAGUGUCACUUUGACAUAAACCUUAACUUCGACUUGACUCGGAGUUACCUGGACCUGAUCGUAACCUACACCUCCGUGAUCCUGCUGCUGUCGCGAAUCGACGACCGCCGUAUCCUCAUCGGGGCCUACAACUGUGCCCAUGAGAUGCUGCAGGGGCACAGCGACCCCAGCUUCGCCCGCCUGGGCCAGAUGAUCCUGGAAUACGACCACCCGCUGAAGAAGCUGACGGAGGAAUUUGGACCCCACACUAAAGCUGUGAGCAGCGCUCUCCUCUCCCUACACUUCCUAUUCAUCCGCAGGAACCAGGGGGCAGAGCAGUGGCGCAGUGCCCAGCUCCUGAGCCUCAUCAGUGCCCCACCGACUAUGAUCAACCCUGCCAACUCAGAUACGAUAGCCUGUGAGUACCUGUCCGUGGAGGUGAUGGAGCGCUGGGUCAUCAUCGGGUUCCUCCUGUGCCAUGGCUGCCUCAACUCGAACCCGCAGUGCCAGGAGCUGUGGAAACUGGGGCUGCAGGGCUCGCUGUUCAUCACCCUCAUCCGGGAGGAUGGACUUCAGGUGCACAAGGUCAUGGAGGAGCUGUUUAGUGGCCUGAAAGGGUAUGGGAAGCGGGUGUCAGACAUAAAAGAAUGCAAGGAGCAAGCAACCGCCAACAGCGGCCAGUUCCAUCGGCAACGGCGGCUCUUCCUGCGCAGCUCGGUCAAGGAGCUGGAGACAGUGUUCACCGACGAGCCCGGACUCCUGGGCCCCAAGGCCCUCUUUGCCUUCCUGGCUCUAUCCUUCAUCCGCGAUGAGGUCAACUGGCUGGUCCGCCAUGCCGAGAAUGUCACCAAAACCAAGACACCGGAGGAUUUCGUGGAUCCGAACAUAGCGGAGCUGUUGCUGUUACUGGAGGAGAUAAGGAGCCUUGUCCGGAGAUACGUUAAUGUGAUCCAGCGCUACCACCUUCAGUAUCUGUCCAGGUUCGAUGCCCUGGUGCUCAGUGACAUCAUCCAGAACCUGACCGUGUGCCCCGAGGAGGAAUCAGUCAUCAUGUCGUCAUUCGUCAGCACCUUGUCCUCACUGAACCCCAAGCAGAUCGAAGCCGGGGAGAAGUUUGAUUUCUCGGGGCUGAGGCUGGACUGGUUCCGGCUACAGGCAUAUACCAGUGUGGCCAAGGCACCGCUGCACCUCCACGAGAACCCUGACUUGGCCAAAAUCAUGAACCUCAUUGUGUUCCACUCCCGCAUGCUGGACUCGGUGGAGGAGAUCCUGGUAGAGACCUCUGACCUGUCCACCUUCUGCUUUCAUCCCCGAAUCUUGGAGAAGAUGUUUGCUCUGACACUGGAGGAGCCCUCCAUGCUGUGCCGGGCCAUCGCCUUCCCCCUGAUCUGCUCCCACUUCGCUAACUGCUCCCAUGACAUGUGUCCAGAAGAGUACCCCCACCUGAGGAACCAUGCCCUCCACCACUGCAACUCCUUCCUGGAGGAACUGGCAAAGCUGACCAGCGACUGUGUCCUGGAGAUCUGUGCAGAGCAACGCAAACUCAGUGAGCAGUUGCUGCCCAAACACUGUGCUACCACCAUCAGCAAGGCCAAGAACAAGAAGGCAAGGAAACAGAAGCAGACACCAAAGAAGGGGGAGCCUGAGAGGGACAAACCUGGGGCUGAGAGUCACAGGAAGAACCGCAGCAUCGUCACCACGAUGGACAAACUGCACCAGACUCUGACGGAGCUGUCCCAGUCCCUGAACCACGCCACCAGUUUCACCGUGUUUGAGCACACGCUUUAUCCGUCAGAGUACCUGAGCAGUCACCUGGAGAGCCGGCUUAAUAGAGCCAUCGUGUGUCUGGCCGGCUACAAUGCCACCACCCAGGAGAUCGCACGGCCCUCGGAGGUGCUGGCCGCAGUCAAGGCCUACGUGGGCUUCAUCCAAUCUCUGGCCCAGUUCCUGGGGGCGGACGCCACCCGGGUCAUCCGCAGUGCCCUCCUGCAGCAGACCCAGCCGCUGGACUCGGCCGGCGAGCAGACCAUCACCACGCUGUACACCAACUGGUAUCUGGAGAGCUUGCUGAGACAGGCGAGUAGCGGGACCAUCAUCCUCUCCCCGGCUAUUCAGGCCUUCAUGAGCAUCCCUCCACGCGAGGGCGAGCCCACCUUCAGCGCCGAGGAGUUCUCCGAUGUCUCCGAGAUGCGGGCCCUGGCUGAGCUCCUGGGUCCCUAUGGCAUGAAGUUCCUCAGUGAGAACCUGAUGUGGCACGUCACCUCCCAGAUCGUGGAGCUGAAGAAACUGGUGGUGGAAAACAUGGAUGUGCUCGUCCAGAUCCGGUCCAACUUCAGCAAGCCAGAGCUGAUGUCCUCUCUGCUGCCCCGCCUCAAUGCGGCAGAGAACGUGCUGAAACGCAUGACCAUCAUCGGAGUCAUCCUCACCUUCCGCUCCAUGGCCCAGGAGGGGUUGCGGGAGGUGUUUUCAUCUCAUUGCCCCUUCCUCAUGGGCCCCAUUGAGUGUCUGAAGGAGUUUGUCACCCCAGACACCGACAUCAAGGUGACCCUGAGCAUCUUCGAGCUGGCAGCAGCAGCGGGUGUGGGCUGCGACAUUGACCCAGCCCUGGUGGCUGCCAUAGCCAACCUGAAGGCAGAUGGCUCCUCCCCUGAGGAAGAAUACAAGGUGGCCUGCCUCCUCCUCAUCUUCAUCGCAGUCUCCAUCCCAUUCCUGGCAACCGACCCCUCCUCCUUCUUCAAUAUCGAAACUGAUGGCUUUAGCAACAACAUCCACUGCCUGACCAAGGCCAUCAUCCAGGUGGCCGCCGCCCUCUUCACUCUCCACAACAAGAACAUCGAGACCCACCUCAAGGAGUUCCUGGUGGUGGCAUCCAUCAGCCUCCUGCAGCUGGGCCAGGAGACGGACAAGCUGAAAUCGAGGAACCGAGAGUCCAUCUCCCUACUCAUGCGCCUGGCACCGAUGGAGCUGAUGGCCCAGCCCCCCGAGGAGCCCGAGAUGCUGGAGCCCGGGGGCUGCCCGUCUCCCCUGGAGCUGAAGGCCGGCCCCAGCAAGAAGAUGUGGAUUAAACUGAGGACGCUGCUGCGGUUCAUGGUGAAGCAGCUAGACAACGGUGAGGUGAACAUCGAGGAUCUGAAGAAGAACCUCGAGUACACAGCAUCCCUGCUGGAGGCCGUCUACAUCGACGAGACCAGGCAAAUCCUGGACACAGAGGACGAACUGCAGGAGAUCCGCUCGGACGCGGUGCCCUCAGAGGUGCGGGACUGGCUGGCCUCCACCUUCACCCAGCAGACCCGGGCCAAGGGCCGCCGCUCAGAAGAGAAGCCCAAGUUCCGCAGUAUCGUCCACGCAGUGCAGGCUGGCAUCUUCGUGGAGCGCAUGUUUCGAAGAACCUACACCACCGUGGGUCCCAGCUACUCCUCGGCCGUCAUCAACUGCUUGAAGACCCUGGAUCUGUGGUGCUUUGACGUCUUCUCCCUGAACCGUGUGUCUGAAGACCACGCCCUGCGGACCGUUGUCUUCGAGCUGUUUACCCGCCACAACCUCAACAGCCGCUUCAAGAUCCCCACUGUGUUCCUCAUGACUUUUCUGGACGCCCUGGAGGCCGGCUACGGAAAGUACAAAAAUCCUUACCACAAUCAGAUCCACGCAGCUGAUGUCACGCAGACCGUCCACUGCUUCCUGCUCCGGACUGGCAUGGUGCACUGCCUGACAGAGAUAGAGGUCCUCGCUAUCCUCUUCGCAGCCGCCAUCCACGACUAUGAGCACACCGGUACCACCAACAGCUUCCACAUCCAGACCAAGUCCGACUGUGCCAUCCUGUACAAUGAUCGCUCGGUGCUGGAGAACCAUCACAUCAGCUCCGUCUUCCGCCUGAUGCAGGAUGAGGAGAUGAACAUUUUUACCAACUUGGCCAAGGAUGAAUUCGCAGAGCUGCGCUCGCUGGUCAUAGAAAUGGUGCUGUCCACGGACAUGUCCUGCCACUUCCAGCAAGUCAAGUCCAUGAAGACUUCCCUGCAGCAGCUGGAGAGGAUCGACAAGUCCAAGGCUCUGUCCCUACUGCUCCACGCCGCUGACAUCAGUCACCCCACCAAGCAGUGGAAUGUCCACAGCCGCUGGACCAAGGCCCUAAUGGAGGAAUUCUUCCGCCAGGGAGAUAAGGAGGCGGAGUUGGGUCUUCCAUUCUCGCCGCUGUGUGACCGAACGUCCACCCUCGUGGCCCAGUCCCAGAUCGGCUUCAUUGACUUCAUUGUGGAGCCCACUUUCUCCGUGCUGACCGACGUGGCCGACAAGAGCGUCCAGCCGCUGGUGGAUGAAAGCACCAAGCCCAAGACGCAGACCAGAUCCGAGGGCCCGCAGUGGCGCCAGCCGUCUCUGGACGAACGUGGCGAGGGCGAGACGAACGUGAACGCCGACAUUGUCAGCUUCCGCAGCACCUGGAGCCGUUACGUCCAAGAGAAUAAGCAGAAGUGGAAGGAACGGGCGGCCAGCGGCAUCACCAACCAGGCCUCCAUCGAGGAGCUGUCUCUCUGCGAUGAUGAGGCCGCAGCCCCCGACGAUGGGCAUAACCAGAACGGCAACCUGGACUAGCCCCUAGCCCCUCCGGGCCCCGGAGGACCUAUCCCAGGUCCCCAGUUUUGUCGGAAAUCUUUGACACCAUCGAACUCAGAACCACUCACAUGGAUCGGACCCCCGAGGGUCGGAAGGAGGGAACCCCGAAGUCACAGAGCUGCUCCCCCCAACCCAAAACCAAAUGUCAGAGAUCAGGGGUGGGGGACAGGGAGGGAGUUGGCCCGUAGAAUUUAAUCGAGGGUCCCCAGGAUGACCCCCUCCCUAAUUCAGGUCUGAUUCUAAUCUCUAGGAAUCUGAGAUAUUUACGACUUUGGGGCCCCUAAAGUCGUUAUGUCCAGACCCCUGCCUCUCACUUCCCGCCCUUCCUAUCUCCCCAAAUCCGUCCAGGGCCGGGAGUGGGAGGAGGCGACCGGCGGGGAAUCGGCGGGGCGGGGUGAGAAUCAAGCCCUUCCUUCUGCGAUCAGCCUCUCCCCCACCCACCGUCCUCUGCACCUGCUGUUUCUGAGCAAUAGGUAUCGGGGGGUCGCCCCGCCCCCCAACCCGGAUCCCAGCUGGCUGGUUCAGGUCCAGGGUCCCGGUCUCUCCCGGCCCCGAGGAGGCUGGAAGGGGACUGGAGUAGGGGAAGCGGGUGGUCGAGGAGAUGGGGGGUUGCGGGGGGGCGGGAUAAGCAGAGCGCCUGGGACCACAAGCAGAAGCCGCUGGCGGUUGGGGGGAGGUUCUCGGGUGUAGGGGUGGAGAAGGAGGGGCAGCGUCGCCUUGUCCAGGGGGAGCCUGGAUCCGGAUCUCUGAUGGCCCACCCACCGACGCCCCCCUCCCUCAGACACCCCGGGCCCGGCCUGCUAUUGGGAGCCGAAAGCAAAAAACAACUGAAGUGGUUAUGGUUUUUGGAGUCACGGCCUUCCUGACAGCCGGGUGGUCGGACGAAUGGGAGAAGCCACUUUAGUGGGUUCGUCAGCCAAGAAGGACCCCCUUUCCCAAAACUCGCCCUCUCCUCCCCUCUGUCCGCCCCGCCCCGCCCCGCCCCCCAUCUCCCAGAGAGGUGGACCCGCCCCCAUCCGACUAAUGUCUGUAAUGUGCUUUGAGAACCUCCAAGCAAAGCGCGCAAGUAGGACUCUUGAGGAGCACAAAUCUCGCCUCCCGGGCUCUGCUGGAGGCGGGGGAAGGGCCUGGAGGGGACCCCACCCGCUUUCUCUCCUAGAGAUGUCGCCCCCUCGCCCCCUCCCCCAACGGUGACGCCCCUUCCCUUCCCCCAGCAUCUCUCGGAAGGGCCCAGCGAGCGUCGGACACUGGGGUCAAUCCCCAGUAGCAAUUUGCUCUCUGCGGGAGUACGAGAGAGCUGGGGGCCAGGAUGCGCGGGUUCCUGGGAGGGAAGGGUCCGGGAGAGAAAUGGGGACCCUUGCCCCGCUAUGUCGCGGAAGCAGCUUAGCGAGGGGAGCGAGAGGACAAAUCUUUGUAAAUAGCCAGCCCUUCUGUACAGGGCAAGUCCGUGCCGUUUGGACUUUAAUCCAUAGUUUUCUAAACGCGCUGCUGCGGACCAGAACGAUGCUAUUACUUACUGUAAUAAACACUGAUUCACGCACACACACAAACACAUACACACAUGCACCCCACACCCAACCCCGCUCCCGGGCGGGGCAGGAAGGCAUGAGUCGGUCUGAGCCUCCACACCGACAUUGCGCUAUAUCCGACACUUGGUCACCAAUAAAGGAGCGAGAGAGAGA